AUGUCCGGUGGAGUCUUUGAUGGGCCAGUUGUGGGCCCCGGGCCUUAUGUUGGACCUCCCUGUGGAGCAGAACUCAGGAUGGUGCUGGUGGGGAAAACAGGAGUUGGGAAGAGUGCAUCAGGAAACACCAUCUUAGGAAGAAGAGUCUUUAGAUCUACAGCAUCUUUUUCCUCAGUAACAUCAGAGUGUGAGAAAGAAACCGGUCUGUUUGACGGUCAGACCCUGACUGUGGUUGAUACUCCAGGUCUGUUUGACACCUGUAGAAGUCAAGAGGAGAGAAAGAUAGAGAUCGCUAAAUGUGUCGCAUUUGCUGCUCCUGGUCCUCAUGUGAUCCUGGUUGUGAUCCAGGCUGUCAGAUUCACUGGAGAAGAAAAAGAAACAGUGAGAAUCAUUCAUCAGAUGUUUGGAGAAGAAGUAGCAGGUUACACCAUGAUCCUGUUCACCCGUGGAGACCAUCUGGAGGAUGUGAGAGUCACCAUAGAGGAGUUUAUCACACAGAAUCCAGCUCUCCAUGACUUCAUCCGUCAGUGUGGUGGAAGAUAUCAUGUUUUUAACAACAGAAGCAGAGAUCCUGCUCAGGUCAGAGAGCUGCUGAAGAAGAUCAACACCAUGGUUCAGAGAAACGGAGGAAGAUACUACAGCACUGAGAUGUUCAGAGAGGCUGAGAGAGCCAUCAGAGAAGAAGAGAUGAGACGCCUUCAGAGAGAAAAUCAUGAGAUGUUAGCAGACAGGCUGAGAGAGAUGCUACGACCUCAGAGAGAGAAUCAGCCGCAGUGUGUUCUUCACUGA